GGCAAGAUCUCCAACCUCAAGGGCAAGAUCUCCAGCCUCAAGGGCAAGAUCUCCAGCCUCUUGGACCUCCACCUGCCGACCUCCAGCCUCAAGGGCAUGAUCUCCAGCCGCAAGGGCAAGAGAUAUUGGAAGUUGCCACAAAGGAAUUUUUGGAACAAGGUCGACUCGGACUUUUGA